AUGGCUAUGAGCGAAUCAGCUGAAAAACUACCUGAAGAUAUUAUAUUUGACAUACUUACCCGCCUGCCUGCAAAGUCCAUUGGUCAAUUUAUGUGCAUAUCAAAGCAGUGGUGCUCUUCUCUUUCAGACCCAAAAUUCAUCAAAGCUCACCUCACUUUUCAUUCCCACAAACAUGAUGAAGUUAAGUCCAUUCUUAUCUCUCAUGUUUCUCGUUCUCUGAACACUGUCACCUUUAACCACGACACCCAUAAUCCCAUUGAUGCAAUUUCAAGAAAACUUAAUUUGUCGGACAACAUGUGGCAGAGAGUUGUUGGCUCAUGUAAUGGCUUGGUCUUGGUAUUGAAUGAGGAAGAUGAUAUAUUUUUAAUCAACCCCUCAACCUUAGAGUAUCGUGGAAUUCCAAACUCUCGUUUGGCUCUUCCUAAGCAUGGUACCUCUAGCACGUAUGCUCUAGGAUAUGAUGUUGUUAGUGAUGAUUAUAAGUUGGUUACUCUUUCUCAUUAUGAGGGUGUAAGUGAAGGUGAUCUUUUUUGCACUUAUGCUGAUGUCUACUCUUUGAGAAUGGGUUUAUGGAGGAGACUUGAGAGUUUAUCUCAUCAUGGUGGCCUAUACACGGUUUUGGGGUUUUUGUACAUGGGCUUUGCAUUGGUGCCAAUACCUACUAUUCUUGAUGAAGAUCAUUUGCACUUUUCUGAUUUUGUGGCUCUUAGAGGGUGUAUUUAUAUGUUAGCUAAUACAACUGAUCAAGACAAAAAUGAUGUUUGGAUGAUGAAAGAAUAUGGGUUUGCGGGGUCUUGGACCAAAUUUAGUGUUACACAACAGUCUUCCAUUAGUGGUUUCACACCAAUUUGUUUUAUGAGUGAUGAUAAUAUCGUAUUGGAUGCGUCUGGAAAAGAGAAGUUUUUUAUCUACAAUAAGAAAGAGGAACAUUGGAGAGAGAUGAAUGUUGAUGGAAUAAAUGCUAGAACUUUCAUGGAGAGUUUUGUCUCUCCUAUGAUUGGCAAGGGUUCGGUGGAGCCAAGACUCGAGUCAACGACUGAGCCUGCUACACCAGCUCCUGAAUUUGAUACGGCAAGGUCAUCCAGGCUCAUUGCUGCAGCCGGUAAGAGGCAGAAAACCCUCGGUCACAGGGAAGAAACAAAAGAAAAGGGCGAGGAGCGUUGUUCGGACCCUGAGGGACGAACCAGAGUCCGACAUUCUUAUUCAAAAGGUGAUGCUUCGCCCGAAGAGGCUCCCUUGAAGAGGCCUAGAAGAUCUGGACCAUCUUCGGAUAUUGAGGCCGAACAACGAGCAGAGUCGGCCCCCAAUACCGAAGCUACAAUGGCUACCAGCCCACUAUCCGAUGGUGACCAAGCUACUUCAUCCGAGGCACCUGCUUAUACCGAGGCUGCUAGAGCUCUUCCGGCUUCUCCUACUCCUGCACCGAAGUUCGAUAACCUGGACGAGAUAUCCCUCCUAUAA